UUUUUUUCGUCCCAGAUCUCCCAGUGCAAUGCACGGCCACUUUCUCUCUCCUCUCUCCGGUGUUGUCUUUAGGUUUCGCCCACCAAUCUUUAAGGAUCUGACCACCAGAUUUGCUUAUGGGCGCUGAGUGUUGUGGGCUCUAGGAAAAUAAUAAUAAUAAUAAUAAUAAUAAUAUUAAUAAAUUUAAAAAAAAAAAAAAAGAAAAAGAAAAGAAGCGACAAAAUCUUUUACAGAAACGCAAAGAGAGUGGUUUUAUUUCUGGGUGGCAGGUCCUUCUCUUCGCGCACUCCCCUCUCCUUUAGCCCGGGUGUGAGAUAUCUGCUGUAUGGUGCAUUGCCAGAAUCUUAGUGUGGAGCUGCCAGCCUUGAGAGACUGUAGCGCCAGAUCACCUCCUUCAAAAAUCUCUCGCUUUGGUCAGGACGAGCGAGAAAGGCUCCACCCUGAUCGUACGUCUCUUGGGUUGACUUCGAACACGCUGAUUCGUGAGCUUUGAUCCUAUUCCAGAGAGCUGCAGGACCAGUGACGGAGACAGAGAGGGAGAGAGAGACAGACUUGGUGGCGUAGUGAAGGAGACGGACAUCAGUGGACACGGAAAGAGGAAAGAGCGUGAAGCAGGAGAGCUUCAGGAGGCCUUGUCCUAGGGAAAACCCUCGCAGUCGCAGAAGUUCUGUGAGUUGUGGGUGAUGACGUCCUAUGAAGCUCUGCACUGGAGCUGAUGUUCCCGAUCAGCGGAGGACUCCGGAGCCAAGGCUGGGCGACUCCGGAGCGGACUGAGGAACUGCAGAGACCCGCUCCUUCACCGGGAAUCCACUCUGAUCACCUCGAUCCCUUCCUCCUUCCCUUUACAACCCCUGCAAUCUCCUCUGUCAGGCUUGCCCCUGAACCAUAUCAGUGCAGUUACCAUGUCCAGCCGAAGAAAGUCCUUCACUCCCUGCAUGGUCUCUGUUAGCGAUGUGGAAAUGGGCGGCCCUAUGGAAAUGGAUACUUUGGAAGAAGAAUUGGUGGAGGACAGGCCAUCCUCUCGGCAGCCUUUGUUAGAUAUUCAUCAAGAAUCUAAGCAGUGUGUGGCUGAGGAGGAUGAAGAGGUUCAUGUGGAAGGGACAGGAGAUAAGAUGGAAGAGAAGUCCUCCACCACACAGAAACAACAGAGUAGGAGCUACCAGUGUAAGUACUGCUCCUUCUCUACCCAGAAUCUCAGCGACUUCAAAGAGCAUGUGUACUCCACACACCCCAAUGUCAUUCUGAACCCCCUGUACCUGUGUGCUGUCUGCAACUUCAGCACCAAGAAGUUUGACUCCCUCACAGAACACAAUGAAACUGAGCAUCCAGGUGAGAGUAAUUUCAAGUUCAAGCGGAUCAAACUUGACAAUCAGACCGUCCUAGAGCAAACUAUUGAGAAUGAGGAUGACUCAAACUCACCAGAAUCUAAGCUUAUGCAAGAUAAUGAUGAUGCCUUUGAAUUUUUACCCUCAUGCCCAUCAACAAUGCAGAAUGUGGAAGAUGCAAUCUUUAAUAAUGGAAAUGAGGCAGAGAGUAAUUUAGAUCAUCUGUUGUUAAAGGAUCGGAUCACGGCGGUGAAUGUAAAUGGAACAAUCAUCAUCCCUGAGCCCAUGAUGCUAGAGGGGCUCUCGCAUGUCAUGCCCCUUUUGCAACGCCCCCCAAACUUGAGCUCCAUUCCAACAAUUGCUGUUCCUCUGAACACUAGCAAGUACAAUCCCUUAUUGGACACUAACACUACACUCAUUACAUCCUUCAACAAAUUCCCUUAUCCAACUCAUGCAGAGCUCUCCUGGCUCACUGCUGCUUCCAAGCACCCUGAAGAGCAGAUCAAGGUGUGGUUCACCACCCAGCGGCUCAAACAGGGGAUCACCUGGUCACCAGAAGAAGUGGAAGAAGCCCGCAAGAAGAUGUUUAAUGGAUGCAUGCCUCCUGCUCACCACACAUUCACCGUUUUGCCUACGCCUGUGAGCGAACCAGUUGCCACCAGCCAGUCUGUUGCACCAGCAGUGUCCUGCCAUGUUACUGGACAGUCCACCCUGUUACCUGCUACCACUGCAAAUGGAACUUCUGGUGCCUGUGCGACUGUCACUGUGACAACAGUUACUAAUAUGCAUAAUCUUAAGCGCCCUUUGGGAACAUCAUUGGUGGCCCAGGAUAUAAAGCGCCCCAUGAUUUCCACAGAUGAACACAAAGAAAAGCUACGUAUGGCACCUCCACCAGUCCCACCCCUAGAGAGACUGUCCAUGGCUCCUCCUCCUGUACCCCUAGACAGUAAGAGAUCCAUGCUCCCACCCUUGAUGGCAACAGACAUGAAACGACCUGUUGUUGCCCCAUAUGCUUUGCCCAAGGGGAAAAUGCCAAUGGUAUUUCCACUGGCACCCCCUAAAGAUAAGAUACCCAUGGCCCCCCCUCCAUUGUUACCCAGAGAUAGACUACCUAUGGUCCCCCUAGUCUCAACUGAUAUUAAGAGGUCUACAGUUCCCCAACAAAUGAGAAAUCAAGCACCUGCCUUUUCUGUCAUUUCUAAAGACAAACUGUCACUUUUACCUACUGACAUGAGCUUACCCCUGGUGCCCCCAUUGGUGACUUCUCAAGUGAAGAGACCACCAAUCAUUCAGACUGCACGGGCCCCACCUGUUGCCCCAAACUUGAUCCCCACUUUCUCUCUGGAGAGUAAACCACUAGAGCCGUCAGUGGAGCAAAAGCCCACAAGCUCAGAGAGUCGACCCACAGAGAGUCAGAAUGGCAAUAAUAGAGUCCCCUGUGGGGAUGGUAAAAAAUGGUUUUCUGAUCAGAGUGCACUGGCCCAUAAUGGUUUACGGCACUUAAAUAAUAAUUUUGCUCCAAAGGAGCGUCCAAAAACAGUCCCAACCCAGUUCCCUCUCCUGGAAAGACUGAAGGGGAAAACUGCUGAGCAGCUAAAGGUUUUAGAAGAGAGUUUUCAGAGGAAUAGUUUCCCAUCACACAAUGAGGUUGACCACAUUGCAAUCACCACAAGACUCUCCAGAGAGGAGAUUGACAGCUGGUUCUCAGAAAGAAGAGCCCUUCGAGACAACUUGGAAAAAGCCCUUCUAAACUCCAUGGGGUCCAAGAGGACUGACAUUGCAGAGAGAAGAUCACUUUCACAGCACCAGCAUGCUUUGCUUAAUGGAGUUUACAAACAAGGUGGGCUACCCAUAUGCCCUCUGCCUCCCAUCAUUGCCCCCACCUCGUCAUCUGUGCCUAUGGAUAGGAAGUCCCUCAACCUCCUUAAAGAUGUCUUUGUCCAAACACGGUGGCCUUCACCUGAGGAAUAUAGUUAUCUGGAGGCACAGACAGGUUUGGCUCGUACUGACAUUGUCAGAUGGUUUAAAGACAGCCGUCUGGCUCUGCGCAGUGGAACUGUAGAGUGGAAGGAGCUGUUCCACAAGCUAAGUGGCAGUGAGUCGAAUGGCCGGCUGAUCUCAGAUCAGCUGUGCAAUGUCACUCUGCCAAGCCAGGAACGGAAGACGCCUACAGCAGAGUGCGCCAAACUAAGCAGCCAAGAGAUCAAAGAGUGGUUCAACAACUCACUGGGCCAGCGUGGGCCCGAAGUGGGGAGGAACGGAGGUCAGAAUGGAGGCAGCGGGGAGAAGUGUGGAGGCUGGGUGGAAGAAGCAGUGGGGACUAAGAUGGCGUCGCGAGAGCUGGUCUCAGACACGGAUUAGGGCACAAGAACAAGAUGGGCAGGAAAAGAGGGUAGGAACUGCUGCCGCUGUCAUUUUGCACAGAAAUGGAUGAAAAAAAGAAGAAGAACAAGAGAGGUCUACUCUGAGAUGUAUUUUUGGAACCAGUGAUUUUGCUCUUGCCCUUUUCCACUGCACCAGCUAGCACAUGGCACCAGAGAGAAGCAGAAGGAGCCUGGUCACAGCGUGGAGUCCUGAUCUGCAGCGGGGAUUCUGAAACACUACUUGGUGCUUCAUGUGGUUUGAAGCAGUGAUGGACGGGUGAAUGCAUGGAGGAGAUCAAGACCAUCGAGUGCCAAAGCUGGAUUUGCUGCAUAAAUACACUUUAAGAAAAGGUUCUUGUAAAUAUUUUUUUUCUGUACUGCUACAGAUUUGUACAAUUUUGCCGGGAACUUUUGUUACAUUUUAUAAUGGGAGCGAGUGGCCCCCAGAUUUUGCUCUAGCUGGUCUUUUCAGUGGACAUGUCCUACAUUUUUUGUAACAACACCAUGCACCACUACAGGCAUUGGCAAUAUAUCAAACGGACGUUCAUUACAGUUUGUCUUUGGAGGGACUUCUUCAAAUCAGUGCAUUUACUGACUGUUUCAAGGUGCUGUUAAACUUUCUGGAUAUUACAUGCCGUCGCUUUUGCUAUAUUUACAGUUCUUACAGCGUGAUAUUUUGCAACAACAGUUUAAAAAAAAAAAUGGAAAAAAAUCGCAUUGCUGUUCAACACACCGGUGGACAAAUCUGCAAAUCUGUUUUGUCCUGUACAGGAAUAAAACACUCAAUCGCCAGCGUUUAUGUGAUAGUUCAACUCCGACUGUAGAAACAAUUAACCCGGUACCAGAUACACGUUCCAUAUUUACUGCUUCUGUAAUGUCAGCGUCACAUAUUAGAAAUACUGUACUUAUACCAAGGUCCUGCUUACUACUCUCCAAAAGACAGAUGUUGUCUGCUGUAAUCCAAUAAAACACAGCCUACCUAAAAAAAAUUGUGGAAGUUCUAUCUCUUUGAACCGAAUGUUCUGAAUAAAAUAAGAUACUUCUUAAGCACAGUUCCGUGGUGGUUGAGCAGCCAAGGAUCCCAGACUUUCACCGCUGCUGCUCAGAUCCGUUUCUCAACCUAGUCACUGAGGGGUUAACUCUCAGUGCUGGUCCCAAGCCCGGAUAAAAUGGGAGUGUUGCGUCAGGAACGGCAUCGGGCAUAAAACCUGUGCCAAAUCAAAUGCGCUGAUCAGUUGGUCCGCCUUGGCGACCUCCAACAGGGAGAAGUUGAAGCAACAACUUAAGGUAUUUUAGCACAGUUUCCUAACUCCAGAUACACCUGAUCUGAUCUCAGUUUGUUUAAGGACAUGGCGAGGUGUACUGGGAGUUAGGAAACCAUGGAACUGUACAGAGAUAUGGGUUCCCAAGACUGGAGAAGGAUUGAGAAACUCUGAAGUAAUGUUGCUCAUUAUUUGUGCUUUGCAUCAUUUUGACCAGGGGUCAUCAACUGGGGACUGCAGUCUGGAUGUAGACCCAGAAAAGUAUUUUAGUGAACCUGAAUCAAUUACUGCAACUGAAUGAUAAACAAAAAACCCUGCAGUGUGGUGAUUCUGGUUGUCUAAUCAUAAAUCAUCAACAGUUUCUAUAGUAAAUCCUUUAUUCUGGUUUACUCAAUCAAAUCCAUUGCUGUGAAUUGUUUAGCCUAAGAUAGCUCAUCGGACCAGAAACUAGCUAGAGGGCAACUGACAUAAGUUCAUUUGAUACACUUGUGAAGAUUUUUCCAUUUUAUUUACCUUUUGUUGUCUAAAAGAAGUUGACGAUGAAAACAGAAUGUUUAAAAUGACUGGAUAAAGAAUGUAUGUGUUUUCCUCCAUGUGAAAUUUUAAAUGGAAGUCUCUCAUAUCACUGUCAAAUGUGCUAAGAAGAAGCACUAUCAUAUAAUAAAACACAACCACUUUAAAUGAUCUUAUUUAUAGCCAUAAGCAUUAACCAUCUCUGUGCAUUCAGUCAGGUUAGUUGUUUAGCCAGACCUUUUUGUAAGCCAGGAAUUUUAUGUAGCUGGAGCUUUAUCAGUUUUAGAUUCACCUGCUGAUAAGCAUUGGUUUUGAUGUCUUAAAAUUAGCCAAGAGUGACAUUUACUGCAUAGUAAUUAAAAGUUCUGCUCUGCUCUCUGGCUUGCUUGUAGUCUGCAUGCAUGACUGUGUGGAUUGUUGGCACUGGAUGAGCUUUUUCUAAUCUAGCCUGAGCCUUCAACUAUCUCACGUAUAUAUUACAUACAUUUCCAAGUAUUAUUCGAUACAUCUGACUUACGCCUGACAUUUGAUUGCUUUUGGUGUGUAUUAAAUCAAGGCACAGCAUCUCAAGUCAUCUCUCACUUUUGUCAGCAGUUUGUUGACAUCAUGAGAAAACGUGUGUAUAGCUAUGGUUGUGUCAUGCCUCCUUAGAAUUUCACUGGAAACUGAGAAAAGAAAAAAAAGAAAGAGGACUAGAGUGCCUGGCAGACAUUAUGUUUGGCACAAGACUAAAAAUUGAUUUUGAAUGUCAAAUUCCCAUAGAGUUUUCAACUUGGCCCAAAAGAAGGAGACCUUGAAUAUCCGAGUGGUACUAGAGUAGGGUUAUUGGGGCAAAAUACAGAAAUCAAACAGUGGGAGGAAAAUUUUUUGCAGAUUUACGGUGUGGUACAGAGAGUAACGCUGCAGCCAGUGCCAGGAUCCCAGCUUAUCCAGAGUGCAUUGCUUAAUACUUUAUGGAAGAGCCAGUCCCUGUUUCGCACUGCUCACACUCUGCAUGCUGGAAGGGUUUUUUGGGAAGCACUCCACAAUCUUCUUUAUCAGAAUGAUCAGAGAACUCAAUGAAACAAUAGCUCAGUGUACUCCAUCUGCUUUGGGGUGUGUGUGUGUGUGUGUGUAUACACGCAAAAGAGAACAAGAGAAAGAAUUCCAACCUCCUUCACCCCACACAGACCUUCACACAGAUGAAUCUACUGCAGUUUCGUACUUAAAGCAUGCCCAAAAGACAUCAAUGUCCACCUCUUUUCUGUAAAUCUAAUCCUAAUUAAACUUAUCUGCUCUUUUACCUAAUGGUCUGUAGUACUGCUUUUAAAAGAGCAUCUGAAUAAAGGAUAAAGUUUUAUAACCAGCCCAUUUUGGCACUGAGCCUGUUACUAGGCAAUGAAGGCCAGCCUUAAGAGAACAUGUUUGGAAGUCGCAUCAAAUUAUUUUCCUUUUCUUAUCAGCUUAUCGGAGGAAUACUGUAUCACCGAAUUCCAAUUAACUCACGCUUUGGACAUUGGAUCAUCAAGGGACAAUUAAGUGGGAGUGGCUUCCAAUCUCAUGGCGUCCGUUAUACUGUGUGAUAUUUUGAUUAACCUCAAGAGCUCCCUGAGGUAAUAGAAAUCAGACCAUGUCCUGUUGGAGCCAUGCGUCUCAAAGUGGAGGCUGGGGGCCUCGAAGGGGCCAUCAUUUCUUUCAUUUUGUUACAGUUGUGGAAUUGGAGCCAUUCUACCGUUAUAUAAUUUUUUUUUUUUAUAUUUAUUACAGCUUCUUUGACCAGACACUGUAUAAUGAAUUAAAUAAGAACAGUAAGUCUAUAAAUAAUGUCAGUCUGAAUAUAAUAAAAAGUGUUAUGUGAGUAGAAAAUUUCAAUAAAUACCCAUAGCUGAUCUUAAAUACUAUUAUAUACCUUUAAAUAAUGUCAUAUGGUUUGAGACUCUCUGCCCUAUAGGUUUUGCAACAGCUGGUGUAAAUCCUGUUAUACACCAUGUUAAUAACACCUCCUAACUAAACUGGACCAAAGCCAGGUCAAGGCAACUGUUCUCUAUUAACCAAUCGUGCAAACUUGACUUCCCAUUUUCUCUGGGUUCAUUUAUAAAACGUGUGGGAGUAACGUAUCAGAGAAAGGUUGGACUUUCAGCAGUGACUCACUUCACCAACAAACGAGAGUAUUUUGUUUGUGGACACACGCCUACUUCUUGAUUUUGAUUUCACCAAGUUAGAACUUGUGAAAAAAAAAAAAGCAAAUGCAAAGGCUUUCAAAUGUCAGCGUAAAAACUUCACAUAAAUAGAGUUUAUAUUUAACUCGGUUGUACUGGUUGUACAUGUACCGGUCAAUGCGCUACAUGUGAACUCUACUUUCUGAGUGACUGAGUGACUUCCAUCACAGCAGGUGUUUCUUAUUAAUUUAUGGGUGUGUGUUAUAGGAAAAUAAUCAACAACCCAGUGGAUGAAGCACAAUGCAAAGUGAGUUUACUGUUAGCAUCAUUAUUUUCCUAUAACGUCACAUCCCAAAUCGUGCCUUUUAUCCCAGAAUCAUUUGCCAACGAUUACCAUUGAUUACAAUUCCUAUGAAUUAUAGAAAUCUGUGAUUCUGACUGUUUAUAAUUACAUUUAAUGUUGGUGAAAUAGUUUUCUGUUUCCACUUUACGAUAUGCUUUUAAUCCUGUCCCUUCAUUUUGGUGUCUUGAAGUUAAUGAGAGAAAAAAUCCAGCAUAGUUGUGUUAUAGAGAAACAGGAAAAAAAAUAAAUUGCUAAAUUAAAUGAAAGGCUUUUGUGUGGUUGAGAAUGUACUGGCUUUUACAAAAUACU